AUGCCUAAGAUUGUUAGCCCUAACCAGGUGAGCGUUGUUCCUGGCAGGCAAAUUGUGGAUAAUAUUAUUAUUCCUCAAGAGCUUCUUCAUAGAUUUCGGAACUCUAAAGGCAAGAAAGGCUUCAUUGCUUGGAAGAUUGAUUUGUCUAAAGCAUAUGACAGACUUCAGUGGCAUUUUAUCAAAGAUAUACUAUGGGAAGCGGGCUUAGAGGCAGAGUGUUGGAGUUGCUUAUGCAAUGCAUCACAACAGUCAAGUAUCAAGCUAUUCUCAAUGGUGGUGAGAGGAGGGCCUGCAAUUUCCCACAUUUUCUUUGCAGAUGAUCUUAUCUUAUUCGGUGAAGCUCACACUCAAUUGGCUACAAUUAUGCAUCAUUGUUUGGAGACUUUUUGUGGUUUAUCUGGGCAACAAGUCAAUUUUGACAAAUCUAGGAUCUUCUAUUCUCCUAAUACAAACCAUGGUACCGCUACCCAAAUUGCUUCCAUAUGUGGUUCUCCUUUUACUGAUUCUUUGGGAAAUUAUCUUGGUGUCCCUCUUAUUCACUCUAGAGUGAAGAAUGAUACUUAUAGCCAUGUUGUCAUCAAAGUCCAACAGUGCCUUGCCUCCUGGAAAAGUCAUAUGCUAUCUAUGGCUGGCAGGUUAGUGUAUUUACAAGCCAUUUCCUCUGCCAUCCCUAUAUAUUCUAUGCAAACGGUCCAAUUUCCUAUUAGCAUUUGUGAUAAGCUGGACAAGAUGAAUCAAGACUUUCUUUGGGGUCACAAUGAGGCAUCAACUAAGGUUCAUCUUGUCAAAUGGGCUUCUGUUUGUAAACCCAAGUUCAUGGGUGGUCUUGGUCUUAAACAAACCCAUUUGAUGAACCAAGCGUUGCUUACUAAAUCUGGAUGGAAGCUUUUACAGAGAGACCAAGGCCUCUGGAGUCAUAUUUUGAAUCGAAAAUACCUCAAGAAUCAAAGUUUAAAGUGGAGGGUUGGCAAUGGUGAUGACAUCCUGUUUUGGAUGGAUAACUGGGUGGGUUGUGGCUUGCUUGAGGAAUUUUCUGCUAUUCCCCUCUCUGAAGACAUGUUGUUAUGGACAGUGCGAGAUUUUAUGUCUGACCAUGGAUGGAAUCUUGAUGCUCUUGAGCAAGUCCACUACUACAAAAAGUGA